AUGUUCUUCAUCUACCGUUACUCUUCCUCUGGUCCAUUCCUCCCUCUUUCCUGUCAAAUAAUCGGAUUGGGUUGUCCAGAUUUACAAAUUUCGGGAUUUACUUCUCCUGAAUUUAGCGGAGUUCAACGGAUUUUUGAAGAGAACUUCAAAAAUGGCUUGGAAGUUGGAGCGGGUGUUAGCGUUUAUUACGAUAAUAAGUUGGUGGUCGAUUUGCGGGGCGGAAUGGCAGACGUGGAAGGUGGAAAGGUCUAUGACGAGGAUACAUUGCAACUUGUGUUUUCUAGUACUAAAGUUUUGUCGGGGAUAGUAAUCGCGCGACUAGUAGAAAACGGUCUCCUUGAUUACUCGGACAAGAUCUCCAAGUACUGGCCAGAAUUCGCACAAGGCAACAAAGAAAACGUGACAUUGCAAGAUCUAAUGAUUCACCGUGCUGGUGUAGGAUACAUUGACUCACAUCAGAUGUCUCUUUCUGAUCUUGCCAGUCUCGACUCUCUUUCAGAAAUUCUUGCCUCUCAACCUCAUAAUUUCGACGGUCAGCCCAUCAAAGCUUACCACGGUGUUACACGCGGCUGGUAUUUAAACGAAAUUGUCCGUCGUGUUGAUCCACGGCAUCGAACUAUCGGACGAAUAGUCGCUGAAGAAAUUGCACCCGAAUACGAUAUGGAAUUUUACCUUUCAGUUAAAAAUAAUCGGUUAUAUUCUCGGGUGGCCAACAUCUAUACUUAUCCGCUGGUGAGACUCUUAGCCAAAAUAUUACUGCCACGGUGGAUGAUAUCUGAACCAUUGCAUGCGGUGUUUGAUAAGAUGAUGGAUAAGGAUAGUGUCGCCUUCAAGACUUUGGUAGAGACAUCUCCAGAUAGAAGUCAACCCCAGGAUUGGAAUAGGAUGGAAAUGUUACGCUAUGAGGGACCUAGUUACAGUGGUGUCACUAAUAGUAGGAGUAUGGCGAAGUUGGCGGCCAUUAUGGCUAAUGGUGGACAACCCCUUGAU